AUGAAGGUUUGGACGGUCCAUGUAUGGGGCGUGGCCUUGGCUGCGCUCCUUGUUCUGUUGGUGGCGUGCGCUUCCGCGUCUGAUGGGUGCUGCGGCUCCGGCUACGCCCUCGACUUUGGUCCACAGCGGAAGGCGUACGCAUACGGCAUUGUCUCGGGCUUUCCGUCAACCGAGCUUACUGUCUCUACGUGGAUUCGGUCGAUCGAUGGCGAGAGCACGAGUCAGGCCUUCACCAUCUUGUCGUACGCCACGACCCAGAGCGACAACUCGCUAUGGUUCUCCUACCCGUUCACCUCGCUGCUCAGCAGCUCGACGAGCGCCUUUGAUCACCACGGCGUCCGCAGUGCGCCCAACGCCACAUGGUCGACGUCAUGGGCCAAGUGGACUCACUUCGUGGUUGCGUGGCGCUCCUCCGAUGGGCUUAUUCGUGUGUGGGCCGACGGCUCGCUCGUGGUCGACGAACUCAUUGAGGCCUCCGUCAACGCCACCCUUCCGAGCUCCGGCUCGAUGGUGUUGGGCCAAGACCAAGACGUUGUCGGUGGCGGCUUUGACCCGUCGCAAGCUCUCCGCGGCUCCAUCGACGAGUUGCGCGUGUACUCGGUCGCACAUAUGGAGAAGUCAGCCAUGCUCGCUGCAACACUCGCGCCAGUCGAUCUCGGCACCCCCGACCCGACCCUAGCGCUGUACUUUGAUAUGGAAGAUGGACCCCACGCCAAUGCUGUCACCGACCGCAUCACCGGUGCCUCGCUGGCCUUCAAUUCGACGGAUGCCAGUGCGUGGCCGGUUCUGGUGCCGUCUGGCAUUCCGCUUCGGCUUGGCGGUCCGCUCGUUGUCAGCGUUGCGGCAUCGUCGACCGGCACUGCGCCGCUAUCCCUCGACCUGCUCCCCGGCUCGGAAGCGUACUCGACUGCCACAACGUCGCACGCGGCCCAGCGUGCCUCGCUUGGCAUCGACUACCAGGCCAUCGACGCCACCGCAGGGAGCUCACUAACCUCGGGCCCACAGUCGCUGCCGGCGUCGAUCUCGCUAGCGCAUUCGGGCGGUGCGAUGGCGCUUAAUACGGUGUCGACUCCGUUUAUGCUCCCGAUUGUCGGCUCGGCGCUCGGCCCGGCCACAAACCUUACCCACCCACCCGAGUGGAGUUUCUCCUACGCACGACCGGCCGCUGCGCAGUGCGUCUGUACCGUCCACUUUCGAACCGAGCUUCCGCCGCAAACGACAGCCACUUCCCGAGUAGUGACUGUGUUGGAGGACACCACCACUCUGUUCUCACUCAACGACGACUUGAGCCAGUGGGCUUCUGCCGUCUACGACCUCCAGGUCGUCGUCACUGCCCUGCCGACCAAUGGCUCGAUCCUCAUUCCGGAGCCUACCACGCUCCGAGGCCCACUUGUUGCUGCUUCGGCCCUUGGUCGCCUUGACGUCCAUGCACUCGUUGCCCACUUUGCACCGCCUCCCGACGCAUUUGGCACAAGCUUUGCAAGCUUUGAAGUGCAGUUCCUGGCCUCGUCUGGCUUUGCCACCUCGCUCUUCACAUAUGUCUUUGAUGUCGUUGAAGUCGACGAUGCGCCCAAGUUCAUGACGCCGCCAGCCGCAACCGUCAUGGAGGACUCGGAUCCGACGCUCAUCGAUCUUGCCGUCGUUGACGUCGACUCGGAGGUGUACAUGGUGGUCAUUUCUGCCCUUCCGCAACAUGGUACGCUGUACAGCGUGGCACCAGCGCCGCCCGGUGCGGCACCAGCGCCUGGCACUGUCUACAACGAGCCGUAUCAGUCGUGGAAGCUUGGCGAACCGGUCGAACAGUGGGUCGACUCGGUUGUCGCCUUCUCGUCAGAGUACGACGUUGACAUAUGGGGCUCACGCGCCAUCAUUGGUCCGCCUCAGUCCUCGAUCUACGGCUUCCCUGUCAGCUGUUACUCGUCUCAGCUCCCCAACAAUGGGCCCGAGUACAUCACUGUCCGAUUUGCCACGCCUGUCUACAUCCAGAGCAUCGAGAUCCACGAGUGCAACGCCGGUGGGACUGCUACUGCGCUUGAGAUCUCCUCGUCUCUCCAUCCCGAGACGCCGCCGUCCACAGUCUGGCGCGGGAAAGGGCUCACUGACCUUCCGGCCAAGUACUUUGUGUGGCAGGCAACCGAUGUGUGUGGCCUCCGCUACCCUGUCGACACGAUCACGCUCCGGUUCGACACAACUGUCGGGACCCGUAGUUGGGGUGGGUUUGAGGCCAUCAAGCUCGUCGGUGAAGUCGAGCCGCGCAACGGCGUCAUAUUCGACUAUCCCGCGCAACUCUUCUACCAGCCCGACGGCGACUACUUUGGCAUUGACACCUUUUCGGUCUCGUUCACCGAUUGCAUUUCCAUCUCGUGCAACCAGCCGCGGCUGGUGGGACCCUACCCGUUCACUGUCCACGUUCCACAAGUGGCAGACACGCCAACGGUGGAAUUACGGUCGCUGCUGCCCGACGCGCUGAUAGCUUCGUAUGUCUCGGUCAACGCAUCCAAUGUUCUGGCUGACUCGCUCACCAUUGUCGAACUCUCCAUCGUCGUACCCGACUCGGUGGCCAGCAAUGUGACGAUUCGCCUCGCGCCGCCCGCUGGCGUCGGCGCGCCGGCACUGCUCAGCUCCGUCCGGCUCCGCCGCAUCGACGACAUUGAUUUUGCCAGCUCAUCGCUGGUUGGUGGCAUGUUCCUCCCGUAUCCGCUGCCUGGUGCGUACACCAGCAUCGACCUUGGCGCCGACUUGCAACUGUACGACGAGCUUCCACUCGGCUCGCCGGUGUCGUGGGCGGGCAUGCUCACCGCGGAUUGGCCGCCCGCCUCCUCGCCCCGCGCAGUGGCCUAUGUUGCGGUCGAGGCCGAGCCAGUCGACUGCACCUCGGCGAGCAUGCCGAUGCGGACGCUCUGGCUGGAGGCUAAGAUGCAACCAAGCCAUUCUUGGGACGAUGCCGUGGUGGUCGACACGGCUGUCAGCCUGGUCUGCGGCUCGUGCCCGAUCGGGAGGGUGUUUAACCCGGCGUCGCGGACGUGCGACGCAUGCCCGUCGACCACGUACGCACCGCUUGGCUCGCGGCUCUGUCUGCCCUGUCCACCCGGCUCGUCUUCGGGCCGCGGCGCCGCAAGCUGUGCCAUGUGCGAGGCCGGCAUGUAUGCUGCAACCAACGCGAGCGUCUGCAUCCGCUGCCCAUCCGGGACGUACACCACAGGGCGCGGCUCUAGCACCUGUUCCCAGUGCCCGGUCAACGAGGACACGCUUGUUCGCGGUGCAACGUCUUCAGCACUCUGCACCUGUGCGCCGGGCUGGUACCGCGACCUCACACGGUUGCUGCCGGCACUUGAGAAGGUGACCAACGGAACCGUGUCGCCCACCUCCCCGGCAUACGAGCAUGUUGACAUUGUGAACAAGGCCCAAUAUGCGCCUUGCCUCCCGUGUCCGAUUGGCGCAAUCUGCAGCGGCGGUUACAACGCGCACGGCGUCGAGAGUCAGCCGCGGGCUUUGCCGGGCUACUGGAUUGAUCCCGCACGGCCGACCUUUGUCAUGCUGUGCCGAACCGCUCAUGCGUGCCCAGGCGGAGAAGCGGGAUUGUGCGCGCCGUCGUAUGGUGGCAUACUCUGUGGCGAGUGUGCAAGUGGGCACUACGCGUCGCACGACGAGUGUCUCGACUGUGGACCGGUUCCGUGGCUCCCACUGGCCUUUGCGGUGCUCAUCGUGGUGUCUGUCAUCGUGGCUGUGACCACAGUCUACACCAGAUACCCCAACGCCAUUGUGGUGUUCAACACCAACCAGCGCAAGCUCCGUGAGGCCUUUGCGCUCCUCUCCAUCCUCAUCGAGUUUCUCCAGGUGGCAUCGAUUCUGCAGUCGCUCCGCGGCUGGUCGUCGCCGUUUCUGAUUCUUCUCUAUGCGGCGUCGACGCUGCAGCUCAACAUCGAGCUCCUCCGGCUCGACUGCAUAUUUGGCGCGGUCGGCUUUGAGGUCGUUGGCAUCAUAGUGGCAAUCGCGCCGGUCCUCGUUGGCCUCGUCGCCGCACUCCUCUUCCACAUCACCCGGUCGGUCAUCGGGCGCAACUUUCUCACCUCGAUAUUUCUUUACCUCUCGCGGUUCAUGCUUGUGGCGGUGCUUGGCCACCUGACACGAUACUUUAUGUGCUUCCAGCAGCCAAACGACUCGUCGCACUGGUCGAUGGUGUCGCGGCCGGACAUCCGCUGCUGGGUCGACAACUCGCGGUGGACGGUUGUUGUCCCGUUUGCUGCCAUCUUCCUGACUCUCUACGCGACCACUGUUCCGACUUUCCUCUACUACAUCAUCAACCGCAUGUAUCGCGAGCGGUCGCCGUCCAUCCUCUACCGCUACUCCUCGCUCAUCUUCUCGUUCCGCGACGGAGCAUACUACACGGCGCUGGUCAUUGUCGCCCGCAAGAUCGCCAUCGUGCUGGUAGCACCGGUCAUUGCUUACCAGAUCCCGUACGACGCCAUUGCCUACGCCUCGCUCCUCGCCCUGCUCAUCCUCUUCCAUCUCGACGUUGCUGCCCUUCACAUCAUUGUCUUUUGCGUCACACUCGUCGCCUUUGGCUACUACAUGUUUAUAUUUAUCCGCUUGCGCCACUUGCGUGGUGCAAACGACGCCAUGGUGGCCGAGUUGGCCGAGCAGCGUGAGCGCGAGCGCGCGUUUAUGGCCGACCGUGACGGGAACCCGACCUCCAAGCGUGGGCGGCCCAGCCGGGUGCUGCCUUUAUCGCUCCUUCCGAAUGCGAUGUCGUCCUCUGCACUCGCGCCCAACGAGACUAGCAAGCCAACCGGUGGGCCUAGCCAGCCAAAGGCCCGGCCAGCCCCUGAAGCUGGCAUGCAUGGUACGUUCCAAGCUGAUGAGAGCUCCCAUGCAUCGCGGUCCGGAUACGAGCUGUACACGCAGCCAACGAUGCGCCGCGACGAUGGUCCGCGGCACGCUGCCGUGCCGGCCGCCGCCGCCCCGAAUGCCGCUGCCACAGCGACCGCAGUCGAGUCGGGAGACCAGCCGCACCCAACCCAAAGUGGCCUGUCUGAUGGCUCGUAUGCGGCAGCGCUAACCGGCGCCUCGGUGGCGCCGCUCGACUCGCCGCGGCUGAACGAGUUCUCCAAUGAGACCCAUUCGGCGCACCCGCCUCCCCAGCCUGCCGCUCUGCAGCACGACGACGGUACGGCACAAGUCGAGCCGCGAACGGCGAGUCCCGGCCGACAAAUCCCUGUCAUCCAUGACGACUCGUCACCAUCGCCGUCAUCGUCGUCGUCGCUUUCACUCGACUCGGCGUCAACGUGA